AUGGGACUGCUUGAAAGUUCUCUCCUGUUCUCCAGCUCUGUUUCUGUGUUCGGGGGUCUGCUGGUCCUGCUGCUCUUCUGUCUCAUCUCCUCCUUCAGUUUCCACCUAAAGGACGACAGGAAGGAGCCUCCAGGACCAAAACCACUUCCAAUUCUUGGGAACCUGCUGCAGCUGGACCGCAAGAUACCCUACAACACUUUGGUAGAGUUUUCCAAAGAAUAUGGCUCGGUAUUCACGGUCUACUUGGGUCUGAAGAAAGUGGUGGUGCUGGCAGGAUAUAAAACAGUGAAGGAGGCACUUGUAAACCAUGCUGAUGAGUUUGGAGGCAGAGAUCCACUACCUAUCCUGAAUGAAAGAAAUCAGGGACACGGUAUUCUGUGGUCAAGUGGAGAUUCUUGGAGAGAGAUGAGGCGUUUCGCCUUGGCAAACCUGAAAGACUUUGGCAUGGGUAAGAGAGCCUGUGAGGACAAGAUAGCAGAGGAAUGUGAGCAUCUCAUCGAGCUGUUUUUGAAGUUCAAAGGUGAAGCUUUUGAUACGUCUAAGCCCAUGUACCGUCCUAUCGCUAACAUUAUCUGCUCCAUGGUUUAUGGCAGCAGGUUUGAAUAUGACAGUCCCGAGUUUAAAUCCCUGUUAAAUCGCAUACACAGACUGGGCCCGAUCAUGGGCUCCCCUUUGAUGAAGGUGUAUAACAUCUUUCCAUGGCUCUUCAGAUGGAUUUCUGACAGGAAGGAGUUUCACAGUUUGGGCGAUGCCACCAGGAAACAGAACAUAAAGCUGUUCAGUCAUUUAAAAGAGACCCUCAGUCCAGAGAGGUGCAGAGGUUUGGUGGACGCCUUUCUGGUCCGACAACAAAAUCUGGAGGAAUCUGGGAUUACCAGCAGUCACUUCCAUGAUGAAAACCUGUUAAUGACGGUUUCCAAUCUAUUUUCUGCGGGGACUGAUACAACUGCAAUAACACUGAGAUGGGCUCUUCUGUUCAUGGCGAGGUAUCCAGAAAUACAGGACCAGGUCCAAGAGGAGCUGGGUAAAGUUAUUGGAAGUCAACAGGUGCAGCUUGAAGACAGGAAGAAUCUUCCUUUCACCAACGCGGUCAUCCAUGAGACUCAGAGAGUGGCUAACAUUGCCCCCAUAGCUAUUCCUCAUAAAACACUCCAGGAUGUCACCUUCCAGGGCCACUUCAUUAAGAAGGGAACCACGGUGUACCCUCUGUUGUCAUCAGUCCUGUUUGAUGAGAGCGAGUGGGCAACGCCUCACACCUUUAACCCCGCCCAUUUCCUGGACAAAGACGGAAAGUUUGUCAAGCAAGAUGCCUUCAUGCCUUUUUCUGCAGGUCGCAGAGUUUGCCUCGGAGAGAGUCUGGCCAGGAUGGAGCUCUUCAUCUUCUUCGCUACACUCCUCCAACACUUCCGUUUCACCCCUCCUCCUGGAGUCUCAGAGGAUGAGAUGGACGUGAAUCCACAACUGCUUCUUUUCCUCGAGCCACCGACUCAUAAACUGUGCGCUGUGCCUCGGAUGUGA